GGCGGUGGGGCUCAACUCGGUCAGCUGAGUGACAGUCACGGGACCGCGACCAGCUCAGUCUGGCUUACUGGAGGAGAGGGAAAGAUGAGCGGGGAUCUCCGAGGGCCACAGGACGUGGAGAAGGAGCGGGAGACUCUGCAGGCCUGGAAGCAGCGAGUGGAGCAGGAGCUGGACCGCGUGCUGACUUUCUGGACUGAGCACUCCCACGACGAGGAGCACGGGGGCUUCUUCACGUGUCUCGGCCGCGACGGGCAGGUGUAUGACGACCUCAAGUAUGUCUGGCUUCAGGGGAGGCAGGUAUGGAUGUAUUGUUACCUGUACCGCAAAUUCGAGCGCUUCCACCACUCUGGGCUUCUGGAUGCAGCAAAAGCAGGUGGUGAAUUUUUGCUGCGUUAUGCCCGAGUGGCACCUCCUGGCAAAAAGUGUGCCUUUGUGCUAACUCGGGAUGGCCGCCCAGUCAAGGUGCAACGGACCAUCUUCAGCGAGUGCUUCUAUACUAUGGCCAUGAACGAGCUGUGGAGGGUGACAGGAGAAGGGCAUUACCAGAGCGAAGCAGUGGAGAUGAUGGAUCAGAUUGUCCACUGGGUGCGUGAGGACCAGUCAGGAUUGGGCCAGCCCUGGUUGGCAGGGGCCCCAGCCGUAGAGCCCAUGGCGGUUCCCAUGAUGCUGCUCAACCUGGUGGAACAGCUCUCCGAGGCGGAUAUGGAGCUGGCAGCCCGAUAUGCGGAGCUAGGGGACUGGUGCACCCAGAGGCUGCUGCAGCAUGUGCAGAGGGAUGGCCAAGCUGUACUGGAGAAUGUGUCAAAGGAUGGCAAGGAACUUUCUGGUUGCCUGGGGAGACACCAGAACCCAGGUCACGCACUGGAAGCGGGCUGGUUCCUGCUCCGUCACUCCAUCCAGAAAGGUGACCCCGAACUUCGAGCCCACAUUAUCGACAAGUUUCUAUUGUUGCCCUUCCACUCUGGAUGGGACCCUGAACAUGGAGGCCUCUUCUACUUCCAGGAUGUGGAUGACUUGUGCCCCACCCAGUUGGAGUGGGCCAUGAAGCUCUGGUGGCCACACAGUGAAGCCAUGAUUGCCUUCCUCAUGGGCUACAGUGACAGUGGGGACCCUGCAUUGCUGCACCUUUUCUACCAGGUGGCUGAAUAUACCUUCCGCCAGGUGAGUGCUGCCUCCUUGUCCCUUCUAGAGGCUCAGGCACUAGGUAGAAUGUAGGGAGAAUCUCUUGCUCCAGCUUCCUCAUACCCCCUCACUGGGGAACAGUCCCUGAGCUCAUUGGAGCAGUCCUGGAGAGCCAGUACCCUUUGUUCCGUCAAAAAACGAAGCCUCUGCCUGGUCAGGUGCAGUGGCUCACACCUCUAAUCUCAGCACUCUGGGAGGCCAAGGCAAGUGGAUCUCCUGAGCUCAGGAGCUCGAGACCAGCCUGAGCUAGAGCAAGACCCCAUCUCUAAAAAAUAGCUGGGUGUUGUGGCGGGCGCCUGUGGAGAGACCGAGGCACUUGGGAGACCGAGGCAAGAGACUCACUUGAGCCCAAGAGUCUGAGGUUGCUAUGAGCUGUGACGCCAGGGCACUCUACCAAGGGCGACAUAGUGAGACUCUGUCUCAAAAAAAAGAAAGAAAGAAAGAGAAAGAAA